AUGGCUCUUCUAACAUUUUUCGUAUCGCCAUGGCUGGCCUGUACAAUCCCAGUGUGGUUCAUACUAUACUACUCAAUCCCAUACUUCACAACCUACAAAUCUCUGUCUCGCAUCCCAGGCCCAUUCUGGGCUAAAUUCAGCAAUAUAUGGGUGGGACUCAGCGCAAGACGAGGCCAGAAAUUCGCUGCUGUUGACACCGCACACCGAAAAUAUGGCAAGGUUGUACGAAUCGGUUUCAACCAUAUCUCCAUCGCAGACGAACGCGCCCUCAAUGUCGUAUAUGGGCAUGGAAAUGGAUUUCUCAAGGAUCAUUAUUAUGAAGCUUUCAUCGCAAGAACACCUGGUAUGUUCAACGUCCGCGACCGGGCCGAACAUACGCGCAAAAGAAAGAUUAUCUCGCAUGCGUUUUCCCCCAAAUCUGUCGCUGCUUUCGAGCCACAUAUGGCCGCAAAUCUCCAGCGAUGGGUGAAUCAGUUGGACCGUAUCGCCACAGCCCAGUCUCGGCAGCCACAACCCGGUGACGGUUUCACCAAGUUCAACGCCAUGCCUUGGUUUAGCUAUCUCGCCUUUGACAUAAUCGGUGAUCUAGCAUUUGGAUCUCCAUUCGGAAUGGUAGACAAAGGCAAAGACGAGACAGAAGUGCAACUCGUACCGGGUGGACCCAUCUCCACCGCUCCAGCCGUCGAAGUCCUGAAUCGGCGUGGAGAGGUUUCUUCUACAUUAGGCCUUCUUCCAGCUUUACGUCCAUAUGCGCGCUAUCUUCCGGAUCCAUUCUUUACGCAGGGUAUCGCGGCCGUUGAGAACCUUACCGGGAUCGCAGUUGCGGCUGUUUCAUCUCGGAUAGAUGCAGCGGAGAAGGGCGUUAUCGAUACACGGAAUGACAUUCUCUCUCGCUUGCUGCAGGCUAAGGAUGCCAACGGAAAUCCCAUGGGGAGAGAGGAAUUAACCUCGGAAGCACUGACGCAGCUGAUAGCGGGAUCCGAUACGAUUUCUAAUACAGCUUGUGCGGUGUUUUAUUGGAUUCUUCACGGGGAGCGAUGUGCACCUGGGAGUGUUCUUCCACGGCUGCAAGAGGAGUUGGACGCGAGCAUUGGAUCGGAGACGGAGAUUGCGGCUUAUAGUCAGGUGAGGGAUUUGCCUUUCUUGCGUCGAUGUAUUGAUGAGGGGAUGAGGUUGCAUUCUACUUCUGCUAUUGGACUUCCUCGUCUUGUUACGGAUAGUGGCUCGGGGGUGAAGUUUGAUGGAUAUUAUUUCCCGCCGGGGACGGUGUUGUCUGUUCCCUCCUACACGAUUCAUCAUAUGGCGGAGAUUUGGGGUGAUGAUGUUGAAGAGUUCAAGCCGGAUCGCUGGUUGAAUCUUACGCCGAGACAGAAGAUUGGAUUUAAUCCUUUUUCUUAUGGUCCUCGUGCGUGCGUUGGGCAGAAUGUUGCAAUUAUGGAGUUGCAAUUGAUUAUUGGGACGCUGUUUCGUCGGUAUGAGUUUAUGUUAUAUCAGCCGAAGAUGGAUUCCCAUGAAGGAUUUUCGAAGAAGCCUAAAGAGUGUUUUGCUGGGAUCAGAUUGAGGAGCGAGGUUUAG